GAUGUUUCUCCACCUCUAUUGUGCAUAAGUAUCAGUGAAUCGCCAGAAAAAAAAACUGAAAGUGCUGAAAAUUGCAAACUUAAAAUGGUUGUCUGCACUGCCACCAUGCCAAUGAAAACGAGGCAGAAAGCACAGCAGAUGAAGGAGCCGCCCGAACUAAUCGAUGGGCCCGCACUCACAGUCCCUGGUGACCAAGGCCAAGGCGGGGUCGAUGAGGACGAUCGCGAAGAGGGCGAAAUUGUAGACGACUUUGAAAUGAUCAUCUCGUCCGAGGACGAGGAGUUCAAGUUGCGUGCUCGCAUCAAGCAGCUGGAGGAGAACAACAAGGAUGUGGAGCGGAUGGAUAUGCUGUCCGCAAAUUUGGCGAACCAGUACAAUUACUCCAAACCUGUGGAGCGUUCUCUCCGAUAUCAGAACAAGCCUACCAUAUACGUGUUGUCGGAUGUGUCUAGCCAGUCGGAUAGCGAGAUUCAGGAGCAGCGCAAGCAUCGCAGGCACAAGAUACGCCGCCUAGACUUGCCUGAGAAGCGCCAUCAUCGCACAUCGAACGGCGGAGAAGACUAUCGUCGGAAUCCCUUAAGCAAGCGCAUAAAACACAAACACUUAUCUGCUUCGCCAUCGCCUCCACCGCUGCAUCGCCGACGACACGUAUUUAGCAACCACCAGCAACGUCAACUCCAUCAGCAGCUGGAGCAGAAGCAGCAUUACGGGAACUUGUCGCCACACCAUCAGGACAGCAUUUUGCUGGCAUCCCUUGACAGUGCCAGCGAUGACGAGUGUGACGUGAACGAGGAAGACGAGGUGGCGGAUCUGCGAAGGCUUAAACUCAGCAGGCAUAAACUGCGCGUAGCCCUGGCCUUGGAGGAGCGACAGGAGGAGCUGGGUCAGUACAAAAAUAGUCUGAAAGAGCGACUUCAAUGCCGUUUGCGCAAGUCGCCCAGUCCCAAGUACAGAAAGGAAUACCCUCGGGAGAACGAACUGCAGCUGUUGCCACCGUUGCAGGCGCUUUACGACGGUGACGAGGACGAGCCUGUGCCAAAUCACCAGGAGCCUCGGAAGCAGGAAACGCUUACUGAAGAUCCUGUUGAGUUGAGGUUGCGACUUAUAGCUCUGAAAUCGGCGGUACUCAAGAAGCAUCUGGCACGCAAGAAGAGGGAUGCGGAGCGAGCCUACUCGCCCACCGAUAUGAUCAAUCGAGUGCAUCCCGCCACCUCCAAUGACGAUGACAUCGACGACCUAAUGGAAAUCAGUCCAGCUGCCUCGCCAGAGCGCAUACCAAGUCCGCCAAGAUAUUCAAUAGAUGAUGCUGUGGACACGAAGCCAGUGGACAUGGAUCUGGCUGAGACGGACAGCGAUGAUCAAAACAAUGCCUGGGAUUCGUGGACCCACAACUUGAACUCAAUGGAUCACGCCGGCGGCAGUUGGCGCUGUUUCAUGCCCAACUCACUGCCGCCCGUAUCCAUGCCCAUUGUGAUAGACGAUGAGGAUGAGGAUGUCAAGAUGGGACUUUACGACGGGAAAGCUAUUGAAGUUUUUAGCGACGAUGAAGUACCGCCACCACCUCCACCAUUUCACAUUCCACAUAUGCACCUGGAGGACGAGGAUGCCCGGGACGCUAUGCAUUUGGUCGAUCAUCAUUCCAACCACAGUUCUUUUACGGACAUGCAAUCCGUUACCAUGGACAAUUCGCAGACGCGCAGCAAGAGUCUCGACAAAUAUCAGCCAGAAUCGAGUGAUGACGAGGCCGGUGCCUUGCGAGCCAUGCUUUUGUCCAAUUUACGGCCAAACAAACAGCCGCCGCCGCCGCCACCGCCACCAUCUGCAGAGCAUCACUUUUCGCCUGUUACUCAUUCUGUUUCCGUUGCUGUUCCCGUUCCUGACCCUGUUUCUCCUCCUCCUGCAUCUAAACUUAAUGAAGAAUCUGACUCAGCCAGCGACUCUGAUGAUCCGGAGGAGUUGCGUUCACUGCUCCUUUCCAGCAUAGCAACCAAAAAACAGAUAAGCAACCCGCAAUCCAAAUCAGCAACAAGUCCAUUAAUCCUUAAGAAUGCCGUAAGGCGCUUCCAGCCGAUUAAAACUGAAGAAUCUUUAGAGGAUCAGCAGCCAGUUGAAGGAGAACACAUCAUUGAGCCGAAAGCUAUUGAGGAAGUCUUCACUGACCCAAGACCCGGUGACGAAGAACUUUCUCAGGAUCCACAGCCAGUUGAGGAAGAUCUUACAGAGUCAAAUGUUGAUAACAGGAUUGCGGAGUCAAGUAUUAGGGAAGCUGCUUCUCCCACCUCAAAGGAAGCUGUAGAAACUUCACAGCCACCAGUUGUUGCCAUCCAAUCAUCCAUCCAGCCCACAAAGAACACUUCACCGUCCACCAAGAUCAUUAAAAUUGUCAAGCCCAACAAGGUCAUUAACAAGAUAACGACUAAGCGAAAGCUGCCAAUGGAUGAGCAAUCCGAGUCUAGUUUAAGCAUUAAGCGUCCAACGACAUUAAUGAUUAAGGAGCCCAGUUCCCCGCUGCACCGUAAAAAUGGUAUCUCAUCUAGCACCCGCCUUAUUACCAGUAUGGAUCCGGCUAACAUCAAGGUGAACAAGUUGGUGAUCAAUCUGGCGGAGGAGUCGGCUGCCAGCGAUGAUGACCUAGAGCUGGGAUCACACUUCGCCUAUGCGAGUUACACGGACAUUGCCAGUCCUUUAAGCAUGGCCAUGGGUGGUGGUCCAAGCGGAUCCACCACCCGAUCAAAUACUCCCAUAUCAGAGAUGGUAGAAACGGCGCCCAGCGAUAAUUGCAACAUAAAGCGAACCUUGAUCAAUGAAUUCUUUGAAAAGAAGAUUGAUGACUUCCUAAGGCAGGCGAGAUCAAAGGCGCCAGCAAAUGGCAAUUUGUCAGAGGCGACGACGGAGGCUCCUGCUCCAGAGAAGGUUCCUGAGGACCCCAAAGCGAACGGGAAGGUGCAGCCCGCAGUUACUAUUCCUAAGAUAAAGCAGCCGCCAAAGAUUACGCCAGUGGCUGUAAGGCAUUUGCCAGUGGCGUCGCAAAAGGAGUACCUUCGACUGGUAGAGCGCAUGCGAUUGCUGGAAAAGAAAAAGAAUCAGACAGCGAAACCAGCACUUCCUUCGGUAUCUGUAAGCAAAUCGUCCGCGGUUGAGAAGCCUUUGCCCCCCAAAAACGGGUUCCAUCAGCGUCCCAAAGUAACCAUAACAGUAGCGCAUACUUCUACCAGCAGUAAAGCAACUAUGACGGCAGAAAAGCCUCAGGCCAAGCUGUCUCAAAGCAAAGUAAGCAGCCUAAAGGUGAAGCUAAGCCAAGCGCCCAAGGAGAGUCGGCUGGUAGCCUUUGAGAACUCUUUUGCCAAGAUUGGCGCCAGCAUGAUAUCCAAUCUGGACAAAUCGCUGCAAAUGGUCGAAGAGGCCAAAAAGUCUAAGGCCAUUCGUCUGCGCUGUUCACAACGCCUCAAAGAGCUCUAUGCCGAAAUGCAGUCCGUGAAGCUGGCUGCCCGACAGGAGGAACUGAAGCUGUCACAAAUCCAGCCGGAGAUUCAAGCCACCCAUGAGAUCAUCAGAUCACUGAAACAGAAACGACUCAAGCUCCAAGCGGCGGCCAUGGACUUGGGCCGAGGAUUAAGGGGCGAUGACUACAGGUUACGCGACGACGGCAAGGCGGAUAUCAGCCGCAAGUCCAAGCAACUCACCAAGGAGAUACGUCUCUACAAUUCCAUUGUGAAGUACGACGACCUGAACAAACUGACUGAAGUGGAGGAGGAACCAAAAACUGUGAUUGAAAAUGCAGGAGAUAGAGAGGAGCAGCCAGAUGAAUUAAAGGAGAGGCCGAGUCCCAUGGAAACGGCAGCUCCACCUACUGCAGUGACGGAGACGGAAACCCAACCUGAACCAGAAGCAGAACCAGAACCGACGGCUGUAGAGAUUCCAGAUAACCCGGCGCAGGACGAGGCGACAGAAGUUCCCAAAAACGACUCGCCAGGGCCAUAUACGAUAAGCACAAUGCGGCAGCUGUGCGAGGAGAAGAUGGAGACAGAACCCAUGCCAACUAAGAGUUACUAUCUUCCGACUUACCAAACUCCAAUGCCGCAAAACUACAACAGUCACCUCGAUGUCCAUGCGACCAUCUGUCCGUUUGAUCUGAUGGGUCGCUGCGAGGAUACAGACUGCUCCUACCUGCAUUUAGCUCGUACCGAUGCCCCCAGCGAGCUGCCAAAGACAAACCUCUCUCCCAUUCACUAACAAAAAAUGAAAAACUAAACACUAAAAAGUAACCAAAAAAGAUAUUUAAUAGCGUGCUUGAAUUCUGGUAAGUUGAACUCUUCACGCAACUUAAUAUUUAAAUGUUGCUUUCAGUCAACAAACACAAAAAAAA